AGGUUUUUCCCGGGAAAAAAAAUUAAUAAAUAAAAUAUCCUUGACAUCGCCAAUGGAUCAAAGCGAUGCGAUGACAGCUCACGAAAAUCGCACAUGUUCGGCACCAUACUUAAUGUCAUCAAAUACAGUAACAGUUGCGGUAUCAUAUGUUGUAUAUUGACAUUUGUAAAUGUCUCAGGCCGCUCUUUGCAGCCCUUCCCCUUUUCGAGGUUUACAGCACAUGCAAUAGAUAGCAAGCCAUGGUGGAUAACUUUUUUCUUGGCGUUCCACUGAAACAACGCGACCGAUCUCCAGAUAUAACACUCGUUUCCAAUGUACAAUAUUUAGUAGGAGUCCGAGU